GGUAAAGGAAAAUGGAAGUUAUGGUCAGACGAACUGAUGGCAGCUCCCCCAAUACCAAGAGAUAUUCCUGUUAACCAAAUAAUAGUGGUAACCGUUGAGACAAUCAGAAAUAUUGCUUUGAUGCAGCUUUUGGUACAGCACCAGAAAGCUAUGAUGAUUAUUGGUCCUACUGGUACUGGAAAAUCCGUAUAUGUCACUGAUUUCCUCUUGAAGAAGAACAAUACCCACGUAUACUUACCGCUCUUCAUAAAUUUUUCAGCCCAAACUACUGCUAAUCAAACCCAAGAUAUAAUCAUGGCUAAACUGGAUAAGAGAAAGAAAGGGGUUUUUGGUCCGCCUGUUACUAAGAAGUGCGUCAUUUUUGUGGAUGAUGUAAACAUGCCUUUGAAGGAAACUUAUGGAGCCCAACCACCCAUUGAAUUGCUGAGACAAUGGUUUGAUCAUGAAAUUUGGUAUGACAGGAAAGAGGUGGUUCCUAUAAAGCUUAUUGAUAUCCAGUUUAUGUGUGCUAUGUGCCCACCGGGUGGGGGAGGUAACACUGUUACUCCAAGAUUUACGAGGCACUUCAAUCAUAUUUGCAUUGACGAAUUUCAGGAUAAUGUCCUGAUUAACAUAUUUAGCAGGAUUAUGCUCUGGCAUCUGGAUACAAGGGGCUUCUCCAAAGACUUUGAUCCUUGCAUUGAGGAAAUUGUUCUUGCUACUUUGGACAUCUACAAGAUGGCGAGGGUAAACCUGCUACCCACGCCCGCCAAGUCUCACUAUCUCUUCAAUUUGAGAGAUUUCUCCAGGGUCAUACAGGGGGUUCUUCUUUCCGUUCCCGAGGCUAUGGAAGAUAUGAUGGCCAUGAAGAGACUUUGGGUUCAUGAAGUCCUCAGAGUAUAUUACGAUCGCUUAGUUGACGAUAACGAUAGAUCGUGGAUAAUCACCGCGCUCAGAGAAGUGAGCCGUGAUAAACUGGAAGAAGAUUUGGAUGUAAUGUUCGAGAGGCUCAAGGUUCCAAAUGUCCCUAUUUGCCAUCGAACAUCUGUCGAAAAUAUGCCGAAUUUUAAAGCAACCAAGAAGUCAUGGUCUUUGUGUGGGAGUAGGCGGAUCAGGACGUCAGUCUCUCACAAGGCUAGCAGCACACAUAUCCGAGUAUGAAUUGUUUCAAGUAGAAAUAACUCGACUUUAUGGUAUCAACGAAUGGAGAGAAGAUGUGAAAAGUAUUCUUCGUAAGGCUAGUGCCACGGAUCAACAUGGGGUAUUUCUAUUUUCGGACACUCAAAUCAAAGAGGAAGGUUUUCUGGAAGACGUUAGCAACCUCAUAGAUCUGGAAAAUUAUUAUCGAAGAAUUUGUUGCACUGCGCUCAAAAUAUUUUUCACUACAUACGUACGCGCGAAUACUNUAUGCCGAAUUUUAAAGCAACCAAGAAGUCAUGGUCUUUGUGUGGGAGUAGGCGGAUCAGGACGUCAGUCUCUCACAAGGCUAGCAGCACACAUAUCCGAGUAUGAAUUGUUUCAAGUAGAAAUAACUCGACUUUAUGGUAUCAACGAAUGGAGGGAAGAUGUGAAAAGUAUUCUUCGUAAGGCUAGUGCCACGGAUCAACAUGGGGUAUUUCUAUUUUCGGACACUCAAAUCAAAGAGGAAGGUUUUCUGGAAGACGUUAGCAACCUCAUGAAUUCCGGCGAGGUUCCUAAUUUAUUCACCAUGGAGGAAAAGGUGGAGCUGUGUGAAAAAAUGAGACAGCUCGACAGACAGAGAGACAAAUCUUUGCAAACUGAUGGUAGUCCUGUAGCCCUCUUCAAUUUCUUCGUCCAGAUUGUCAAGGAGCAGCUACAUCUUCUUUUAACUAUGAGUCCCAUUGGAGAUAGUUUUCGAAAUAGAAUUAGAAAGUUUCCAGCUUUGGUGAGCUGUUGCACUAUCGACUGGUUUCAGACAUGGCCGGAAGACGCCCUACUGGCUGUAGCGACGAGAUUUUUGGGUGAAAUAGAGCUUAUCGACAAGGAGCGUCAAGUUUGCAUCGAUAUGUGUCAGAUGUUCCACAUAUCUACGCAAGAAUUAUCUGAAGAAUAUUACUUGAGACUAAGCCGACGAAACUACGUGACCCCAACUUCGUACUUGGAAAUGAUAAGCACGUUUAAGACAUUCCUGUCAAAGAAACGAAAAGAGAUCAUAACACUCAAAAAAAGAUAUGAAGUUGGUUUAGAGAAACUCGAAUCUGCUGGAGCGGAAGUGUCUAUAAUGCAAGCAAGUUUGGCAGCCUUGGAACCCCAGCUUGUUAUCGCAGCAGCCAAAGUAGAAGAAACGUUGAAAAAAGUCGAAGCUGAAUCUGCAGAAGCUGCUGUCGUUGAAAAAACUAUACAGGUUGACGAAGAAGUGGCAAACGAGCAGGCCAAAGCUGCCCAAGCCAUCAAAGAUGAGUGUGAUGCAAACCUGGCAGAGGCAAUGCCGAUUUUGAAUGCAGCAUUAGCUGCUUUGAAUACGCUCACACCUGCUGAUAUCAGUGUUGUGAAAACAAUGAAAAAUCCCCCCAAAGGUGUAAAAUUGGUUAUGGAAGCAGUUUGUAUCUUGAAGGACAUAAAACCUCAAAAAGUCCCUGCUCCUAGUGGAAUUGGAACAGUGGAUGAUUAUUGGGGACCAUCUUUGAGAGUUUUGGGAGACAUGAAGUUCUUGGACAGUCUAAUCAACUAUGACAAGGAUAACAUUGCACCUCGCAUUAUGGAUAAAUUAAAACACCAAAUCUUGAAUGAUGAAAGCUUUGAUCCUGAGAAGAUAAAAACGGCAUCCACCGCAGCUGAAGGUCUGAGUAAGUGGGUAAUUGCGAUAUCCAAAUACGACAAAGUGGCCAAAGUAGUAGCUCCCAAAAAAGCAGCGCUAGCCGUUGCUGAGAGUGAAUUUCAGGCGGCAAUGGCGGCUCUGGAAUUGAAAAGAGCCCUGUUACGUGAAGCCAGGGAAAGAGUAGCCAAACUGGAAGCAGCGUUGGAGGCUGAACAGAAAAAAUUUCAAAUUCUCACAGACGAGGUGACUUUGUGUCAACUGAAGCUGCAAAGAGCAGAGGAACUCAUAGGAGGCUUGGGAGGAGAGAAGGAUAGGUGGAGAACGACCGCCAAGGAACUAGGAGAGAAAUACUUCCUACUGACAGGAGAUAUUUUGAUUGCCGCUGGUGUUGUGGCGUAUCUCGGCCCAUUCACAAUGCAGUUUAGAGCAGAACAAGUAGAACAGUGGGUGGACGCCUUAACUAGCUACGAGAUCGUCUGCAGCAGAGAUUUUCAGCUCACACAAGUCCUAGGGGAGCCCGUGAUCAUCAGACAAUGGAACAUCUUCGGUCUGCCGACAGAUAAUUUCAGCAUAGAUAAUGCCAUCAUAAUUUCAGCUCUGAAAGAAAUAGAGGACAAAAUUUUAGAAGUCCUCAGUACAUCACAAGGAAAUAUACUAGAAGACGAAACCGCAGUACAAAUUCUGAGCUCUUCGAAAGUAUUGUCCAAUGAAAUAGCAGCUAAACAAGCCGUAGCAGAAGUGACAGAGCAACAGAUUGACAAGGCUAGAAUGGAAUACACUCCGAUUGCUGUGCACUCAACUAUUCUCUUUUUCACAAUUGGUAUAAUAUAA